AUGGAUAGUGCGAACCCCUUACCUACACCUAUGACAGGAGGUCAAAAGCUCUCAGCUACUGGUAGUGAUCCAUUUGCUGACCCCACCUACUACAGAAGCAUCGUAGGUGCCUUGCAAUAUGCUAAUAUAACAAGACCAGAAAUUUCUUAUGCUGUAAACAGAGUGUCUCAGUUCAUGCAAACACCUCUCGAGGCCCAUUGGAAGACUGUCAAGAAGAUUCUACGAUAUCUUAAUGGCACCUUAGACUUUGGUUUGCUUCUUAAAACGUCUGCAUCACUCACUGUGACUGGAUUUUGUGAUGCCGAUUGGGCCUCAGACCUUGGCGAUAGGCGUUCCACAUCUGGUUUGUGUGUCUACCUUGGCUCCAAUGUUGUUUCCUGGUCUUCAAAUAAACAAAGGACUGUCUCACGGUCCAGCACAGAAGCUGAGUACCGCAGCUUAGCUCAAACAACAGCAGAAGUCAUCUGGAUACAUGCACUGUAA